CACGACAGGACUUUGCUGGUUUCACUCGCUGAACGCUUGCUACUACCACCACAACCUUUUUUGCAUGUUUUGUUUUGGCUUGGUUUUGCUCGUUUGUUCGAGUCCUUUUCCAUACUGGCACAAUCAUGGCAAAGCGUAAACCCACCCGGACUGUGGCGGAGUUGGAGGAAGAGAUGGGGUUCCAGCUGAGGCACCUGACUGAAACGCCUACCGGGCGCCUCUUCUCCAGCUUGCGCCCCGUUUCCAGCGACCUCGGCGAGCGAACCGAGAAAGAGCAUGAAGAGUUUGUCAGGAGGAAGUGCGUCAAGGAAAGCGGUUCCAUUGCCCUGAAGCAAGGGCAGAGCGAGACCGUGGUAUAUCACGACAAUUCUGUCAUACUUAGCCAUGAUCACGGCCCUGGUUUCUACAGUUUUCCUCUGGAUAUCCACUACGGAUUCGGAUUGAACCUUACCUUCCUCUUCUCCGAGUUUGAGGCGUCUCAUGUGCUGUCUACGGCCAAGCUCCACAAGCUGAUGGCAGCAACUCGAAGCCCUACCCCUACCCCUGUCCCAGCCUUUCUCGGCCUUCUUCCCUUGGAGGUUCGCCAAGCUAUCUACAACCUCGCGCUGCCUCAAGGGGAAUGGAGGAUGAUAGACGACGAGGAUUUCGAACGCGAUAACUUCCCUCGGGGCAUAGGGGAUCCCAGUGGCUUCUACUACCCGCUAAGCAAAGCUUUAUCGGUUCUCAGGGUCAACAAACAGAUACGACGAGAAGCGCUGCCCUUCGCCUAUCGCCGCACCAUAUUUUGCUUAGACAACCUCGAAAGCGCAAUCAAGUUUCUCAUUGCAGUUGGUCAAGUCGGACGCGAGAACAUCGAAACGCUGCGCUUGGCUUGGGAAAGCACUUCGGAGUCAACCAACAGUUGGGAUGUAUCUUCAGACCAAGGGCCCGGAGGCCUUCCAGGAAGGCUGCCCUCCGGCAGCACGUCGACUUGUAUCCAGUUGUUGAAACAGUGCAAACGGCUGCGGCACUUGUCUCUUCAGUUUGACAGCGACCUGAUCCAGGAGAUAGGACAUCAUGCCUUCAGAGCUGAUGCAGGCAUACAGGACCUUUGCACGUUGCAGGGGUUGAAGAGGGUGGAAAUCCAGGACUGGGGAAUGAUCCCCUUGGAGUCCGAUCUUGCCAAGUGGCUCAAAGAGCAGAUGGAGGGCGCGCGACGAGAAGACGAGCGGCGCGACGAAGACACAUACGGGCCCAAUAUUUCGAUUUGAUAUCUCAGAAAACGCAGAAUCCCAAAAGGCCCCUGCGGACAUCAGAUCCGCUCCUUGCAGCGCAACCCCCAUCAAGGCUCUCAGCUGCCCUCUUCGCCACUUAUUCGCCCGUGCGGCAUAGCCAUAUCAAAGAACUGAACCAAACU